UAUGAAAAAUGUACAAACUAUUCGAAUGGAGACAAUUGAAAAUGUGAGUAAUACAGGAGAAAUUGGUGAAAUAGAUUGGUUAUCAAAAAUGGAAGAAGUUAUCUAUAUAAGUGAAUUUCUAUCUGAUGAAGAAUCUGACAAUGGGAAUGAUGAAAAUCCAACAAUAAAUGAAAAUGAAAGUGAAAGUGGUAAUGAAGAGAAAGGAAAUCAACAACAACAUAAUGAUCAGGAAGAAGUUGCAAAGAAGGCAUUAAAUUUUCAAAAUGCAUUUCAUGAAAAAGAUUACAAAAAGUUAAAAAUAGCUAUUGAUAAAGCUUCUGUUGAACCAAUAAAUCCUUUAUUAUUUAAAGAUUUAUCAAAAGCUAAUGAAUUAAAAGGAAAUUUGAAAAAAAUAUAUGGUUUGCAAAAAAGAAUUUUAAAACUUGAUGCAAAAUAUAUAGCAGAAUUAAAUCAAUAUAAUCAACCACCAACUGUUAUACACCUUGUUAUAAAAUCAACAUUAUUGAUUUUAUCAAUUGGUGAAGUACAAACUGAUGAAUGGAAAGAAUGUAAAGUUUUUAUUAAAUAUGCAUGCUCCAAUUCUAUUUUAAAGAAAAUUAAAGAUCUUAAAAUCUUGAAUGUACAUCCAGGAAUUAUUCUAAGAGCUCAAGAAAUAAUAGAUGAAUUAAAUAUGCAAGAAGUUAGAGAGGCAAGUGCAGGUGCAGCAGCAUUCUAUUUAUGGUGUAAAGGUAACAUUGAUAUUUAUAAAAAGAUCAAGAAAGAUGAAAUGGAAAAAUCACAGCCAGCGUACAAAGACAGUCAAAAGAAUAUCUUUUCAUCCACUUAAAAAAGGUUACUUGUUUCAUAUUGGUAUACUCAGACAAAGCUAACAUUAUACACGACUACAAAAGCAUUCUCAUAUAUGAGUUUAUUAGAAGAGAUAGUUU